GCUCAACACCCAACCUUUGAGCAUGGCAUCCAACUUUCUCACACUUGAUGUUUCAGGCCGCAAGUUCCGCUGUAGCAAAGCUGUGCUCUCGACAUCACCUUACUUUGAGAAUCUCUUUGCUCGAUGGGAGGACAGUGCAGACCGUCAAGUCGAUGGGUCGUAUCUUAUCGACGCGGAUCCAGAUGUUUUCAAGCACCUACUGGACUUCAUGCGCCGGCCUGCGAGGUUUCCUUUAUACUGGAACAGAGAAGAGGGAUUCGAUUACUUAUUGUACAGCAAGUUGGAGGCUGAGGCUGACUACUUUAUGCUAGAGGAUCUGAGGGACUGGAUUCAAGAGAAGAAGUAUUUGGAAGUUGUUGAAAUGCGUCAAGUCAUUCAUGAAAAUAAAGAGGCAUGGGAACAUUGUAGUGGAACUUCAUAUCUUCAACACUUUAUCCUCAAAGGAGCUAUCGGGGGUCAUGGAUCAACACAGAUACAAGCUCCAGACAGGUUGGUAACGAUCGAAACGGAGAUCUCCUUUGACCACGAAGUUUUGAUAAAUAAUAGAGCAUAAGGCUUUGCUCAAUAUCUGGG